AUGGUCAAUAUGGACGUCGGGCUUGAUGCUGAAGUGCAAGACUUGGUGACGGACGGGCCAAAUGGUGCACGUGGUGCAGAGUUCUUUGAUGGAAAGACAGCAGCAUGCUUCCCAGCAAGUGUCUCCCUCGCUGCAACCUUUAACCGUAACCUAUCUAGGCAAAUCGGCAAGGCACUGGGUCAAGAAGCACAGACAAAGGGAGCCUACGCUGUUCUUGGCCCCACGGUGUGUACGCAUCGAUCGCCAUUGGGAGGACGCAACUUCGAAGCUUUCUCAGAAGAUCCUCUACUCUCGGGUAUCCUAGCAGCAGAAUAUGUGAACGGCAUGCAGGGCGAGAGAGUCGCAGCCACAGUGAAGCAUUUCCUUGCCAACGAGCAAGAUACCCGCCGGUUCUCAGUUAAUGAGACUAUAUCUGAUAGGGCCUUGCGAGAAAUAUAUCUCCGCGCUUUUGAGAUCGUACUCAAGCACUCUGACCCUUGGUGCUUCAUGUCAAGCUAUCCAAAAGUCAACGGGAAGCAUGUGGACGCUCAGCCUACCUUCCUACAAGACAUCCUCCGGAACGAGUGGGGAUAUGGUGGGCUCUUGAUGAGUGACUGGGGUGCAGUGACAAAUGGUGUAGAGAGUGUCAAGUUUGGACUUGGUCUUGAAAUGCCUGGCCCCCCUCAGCACAGAACAUUCGAGACAGUCAGUAAAGCUAUCAAGUCAGGCGAUAUAUCGCUAGAAGAACUUGAUAGAUGUUCUAGCACUCUGCUCAUGCUACUCAAGAGGACCGGAAAGCUCGAUGACCGCCAGGACACUCCAUCGGAAAUGUCAGUAAACCUGCCAGAACACCAGAAGCUUAUUAGAGAUGCCGGGGCCGAAGGUAUUGUCCUGUUGAAGAACCGGGAUGGUAUUCUUCCGUUUGACCCCCAAAAGGCCAAAAAGGUGGCUUUACUGGGUCCUCUAGCCAAAUACGCCGCUGCUCACGGCGGAGGCAGCGCUUCGCUGAAUUGUCAUUACAAGGUGUCACCAUGGGAUGCCUUUCAACAGAGACUUGGUGAUGAUGUGGAGCUGACAUAUUCAAAAGGUACUCACAUAUUUAGGGUAUAUCCAGACCUUAUUGAAGGAUCCAAAAACCGUGCGGGAAAUGUUGGAUUCACUGCAGAUUUCUACAGUAGUCCAGAUCUCUCGGGUGACCCGGUCUGGACUGAACACUAUGCCCGUGGUUUCUUCACUUCGAUGAUGAAUAACAACGUCGUCAAACCGCUAUCAGCUCGUUUCGCGACUACUUUUACGCCAUCAGUAUGCGGGAAACAUUACCUCAGUUUCUCCGGCAUGGGUCCGGCCAAGCUCUUUAUUGAUGGGAAGCUUAUAUAUCAUCAGGAAAAGGAGACUCGGGAUAGUAUGGGAUUCUUCCUGGGCGUUCAAGAGGAACACCGCUUCCAAUACGAAUUCUUGCCGAAUAGACCGUACAAAGUUGUCAUUGAGACAAUACCAUCCCAGGUCAACAACUCGGAAUUGUCCCUCUUUGAAGGCCAGAUAUCUGCGCAUCUGGGCCUAGUCUACCAAGAGGAAAUGGAAGCAGACCUGUACCAAGAGGCAAUUAAGCUUGCAAAGGAGGCUGAUCUAGCAAUUUGCUUCGUUGGCAACACCACCCAGUGGGAAACUGAGGGGCAAGAUCUCGAGACGAUGUCGCUUCCCACAGACGGCUCUCAAGAUCGACUCGUUUCGGGUGUUGCCCAAGCAAAUCCUAAGACCAUUGUUGUCCUGACUAGUGGGGUACCUGUCGAAGUCCCGUGGAUUCAUGACGUCGCCGCUUUGCUUCAGGGGUGGUAUGCCGGCCAAGAGAGCGGCAAUUCCAUCCUUGAUGUUUUGCUUGGCGACACCACACCCAGUGGAAAACUCCCCAUGUCAUGGCCAAAGAAGUAUGAGCACACAGCAUGCUAUGGAAAUUUUGGGCUCGAUUCAUAUGAUUCCCGCCAAGUCGAAUAUGUUGAGGGCAUUUCCGUCGGCUACCGUCACUUUGAUCGCCAUUACGGAACAGAGAAGGAGGUACGCUUCCCAUUUGGUUUUGGUCUAAGUUACACAACAUUUAAGAUCGAAGAGGUCAACAUGCAAGGACAGAUUGAAGGGCCAGAGAAUAGCACAGUGACCAUUUCAGCCGUAGUUAGAAACACGGGAACCAAGCAGGGCGCUGAAACCAUUCAGGUUUACUUGGCUCCUCCAUCAACCGGAUCUGACAUUGUGAGACCUCCGAAGUCGUUGGUGGCAUUUGACAAGGUACAUCUUCGUCCCGGCGAAGAAAGGUCAAUAGAAAUGCAGUUUAGCGCGGAUGCUGCAGCAUACUGGGACGAACGCCCUAGUGAACAAGGCGGCUACUGCUGGAGGGUGGAGAGUGGGAAGCAUAACAUCUUGGUGGCGACAAGCUCACGGCCCACGGAUAUCGUGCACACGUUGACGCUAGAAGUGCAGCAGGGCUGCUCAUUCCCUCCAUAG